CCUUACACUAAUUUUUUUACGAAUCAUGGAUCAAGCUAUCAAAUUUAUUGAGACAUUUUCAUUGCCAAAAUUUGAAAGAAAAGAGAUCGUGCCUAUUGUUAGCAUCGCAGCAGCCACGUCUGUCUUGUUCGCAUCUUAUCGUUUGAUAAAAUCUAACAAAAAAAAGGGUACCAAAGAAAUCCCUGUACCUGGCUCUGCAUAUCCCUAUGUUGGCCAUAUGUUAUCAAUGGGUGAAUUGCCCGGUAGAAAAGUGUCUGAAUGGAUCAACGAAUUGGGACCUAUCAUUAAACUUCGUAUGGGUGUUCAGACUUGGAUUAUGAUCGGUGAUCCCGCCUUAGCUCACAAAAUUUUUGUCUCGAAUGGCGCUGAAUCUUCAUUCAGACCACAUAGCGUUUACUCACACGACCAUUAUAGUCUCAAUGGAAAAGGUGUUGUCUUUUCUCAGCCUGAUGCUGAAUGGAAGGAAGCAAGAGCUGCAAUGUUGUCUGUCUUGGGACCCAAACACAUUGAAAAAUACAUGGACUCUAUCAUCGAAGAAUCCGAAAAUUUAGUCACCCGCUUUAUCGAAACAACCGAAAAGGAAGGCGCUACAGACCCUUUCAAGCAUUUAGAACUAAAUUCUCUCAAUGUUGUGUUCUCAGCAACCUUUGGAAGAAAAUUUGAUUCUGUACAUGAUAAAGAGUUCAUUAAUUUAUCGACUAUGAUUGAGACUAGUAUGAAGUUUGCUGGUUUAGAGAAUGAUUUGGCAAAUUUCUUGCCGGUCGUUUCCGUUAUUGAUUACUUUGCUGGAACUCAAGCCAAACAAAAGAGUUUCAUCAAAAACCGACGAAAUCCUGUCUACAGAAAAUUAAUCGAGGAAGCUCGUGCUAGUACAAGUCCAAAUGUUAUUAAGUCUCUUAAAGAAAAUGGAUUCAAUCUAUCUGAGGAUGACACUCUUGUCUUUACAUCUGAUUUAAUGGCCGCUGGUACGGACACCGUUUCUGUCACUUUGGCAUGGAACAUUGCUAUUAUGUGUAAUCACCCUGAAGUUCAAAUAGCCGCAUCUGCUGAACUUGAUAGCUUUAUCAGGAAAAAUGGACGACUCCCUCUUUUCAAUGAAAGAACUGAGUUGCCUUACUGUGUUUCUGUUAUGAAGGAAUGUAUGAGAUAUAGACCUACCACACCAUUUGGUGUACCCCAUACAACACAUAAAGACCUUGAGAUCGAUGGUUAUAUCAUUCCCAAGGGAGCCACUAUCAUUUCCAACAUGGAUAGUAUGCAUAAAUCCAAUGUCUAUUCCGAGCCCGAAAAAUUCAUUCCAGAAAGAUUUAUGACUAAUCUCAAGACAAUGCAAGCAGCAGCAAAUGGUAGAUUUGAAGAACGUGAUCAUUACAACUUUGGUUGGGGAAGACGUAUUUGUCCUGCCAUUUACUUAGCCGAAAUUGAAAUUUUCCAAGCAUUCACACAACUUUUCUCCAGGUGUUUUGUUGAGCCUACUGAUGCAGGCAUGCCUGAUAUUGUGGGUGCCGAAAAUGCUGGCCUCACUAUUUUACCCAUUCCUUACAAGGUCAAAUUUAUUAAACGCUCUGAUGCUCUCAUCUAAAUAACCAUAAUAAAUAGCCUGGUGUUAUUUUGACGCAGAUGUAUACACAUGUGCUGCUUAUAAUAUAAUCUUAUUCAAGGA